AUGACAAAUUCUACUCAAUUUUCGUAUUUCAAACUUGGUGCCUACUUCGACAUCAGGCUGUUAAAAUAUGUAUUUUUCCUGAUUCUAACAUCUUUAUAUGUUUUAAUUCUUUGUGCUAAUCUUUUGCUCAUUGUGGUUAUCUGUCUUAACAGAAGCUUACAUGAACCUAUGUACCUUUUUCUGUGCAGCCUGUUUGUAAAUGAGCUGUAUGGUAGUACAGGGUUGUUUCCAUUCCUUCUGCUUCAGAUUCUCUCUGACAUUCACACUGUUUCUGUUCCCUUUUGUUUCCUGCAGAUUUUCUGUGUGUAUUCUUAUGUAGCUGUGGAAUUUGUCAAUUUAGCCAUCAUGUCUUAUGACAGAUAUCUUGCUAUCUGUUAUCCUCUACAAUAUAACACACGUAUGACAUUCAAGAAAGUUGUCAUGCUUAUUGGUGUAUCAUGGUUAUACCCUUUUCUUGUAGUUGCUGGUACGACAUCCUUAAGUUCCUCUUUACAGCUGUGUGGGAACAUCAUUGAUAAAGUGUUCUGUGACAACUACUCAGUUGUCAAACUGGCCUGCUCUGACACCACAGUUAAUAACAUUUAUGGACUUAUUGCCACUUACUUUGUAGUCUUUGGUCCUGUAAUCUUAAUUAUUUACACUUACACGAGGAUUCUUAAAGUUUGUUUUUCUGGUUCUAAACAGACCAGACAAAAAGCUGUCAGUACCUGCACUCCUCACCUUGCUUCUCUGCUCAACUUUUGUUUUGGGGCAUCCUUUGAAGUAUUACAAAGCAGGUUUAAUAUGAGCAGUGUACCCAUUAUUUUGCGCAUUUUUUUAUCAUUAUACUUUCUUACAUGCCAGCCACUGUUCAACCCUUUACUGUAUGGCCUGAAAAUGUCCAAAAUCCGUAACAUAUGUAAAAAUCUGUUUUCUUCUGAAGUGUAG